AUGGCUCCUAUCAGCAAGAUCGCAGUUGCGAUGGUCGGAUGUCUCUCCAGCCUGGCGCUGGGAGCUCCCACCGCGACUGUGAAUGAUGUGAAGCUUCUGGGAAAGCGCGCAAGCAUCGAUGAUGCUGCCACUGGCUAUGCUAGCCAGAAUGGCGGCACCACCGGAGGUGCUGGUGGAACUACCACUACAGUUUCAUCCUACGCCGCCUUCACCUCCGCUGUCUCUGGCGAUUCCGCCAAAGUUGUCGUUGUGAGUGGUACUAUCACCAAGGCCGCCGAUCAGGUUCGUGUUGGAAGCAACACUAGCAUUCUCGGCAAGGACUCCAACGCCAUCCUCAGUGGAUUCGGAAUCCUGGUCAAGGAAGAGUCCAAUGUCAUCAUCCGCAACUUGGGUGUGAAGAAGGUUCUGGCUGACAAUGGCGAUGCCAUUGGUGUCCAAAAAUCGACCAAUGUGUGGAUUGACCACUGCGAUGUGUCCUCCGACACCGAUCACGACAAGGACUACUACGAUGGCCUGAUUGAUCUCACUCACGCUGCCGACUACGUCACUGUCUCCAACACCUUCAUCCACGACCACUGGAAGGCAUCCCUUGUUGGACACUCCGACAGCAACGGCGACGAGGACACCGGUCACCUCCGUGUUACCUACAGCAACAACUACUGGUACAACAUCAACUCUCGCGGUCCUUCCUUCCGUUUCGGUACCGGUCACAUCUACAACAGCUACUACCUCGACGUUUCCGACGGCAUCAACACCCGCCAGGGUGCUCAGCUUUUGGUUGAGUCCAACGUCUUCUCCGGCAGCAAGAAGCCUCUCUACUCCACCGACGGCGGUUACGCCGUUGCCAACGACAACGACUUCGGUUCCGGAUCCAACACUGCUUCCGCUGGUACCUUGAAGUCUGUGCCCUACAGCUACACCCUCCUCGGUUCCUCCAAGGUCCAAAGCGCUGUUGUUGGCACCGCUGGACAGACUCUCACUUUCUAA